AUGACCCAAUCUAAUAAAGGUCCUUGUUCCAUUCUUAAUUGUAAAAAUUCAAAACCUUAUAGAAAAUUUACUACAGUUUCAUAUAUUAAAUCAGUUGAUAGUGGAACAUUUUCAUAUUUCAAUUAUUUAAAAGUCAAUGAAUCUCAACUUUGCAGGUUCAAUCAUUUACAAAUAUGUGAACCAAAAAAAAGGAAAAAACUUGAUUCUUUUGAAAAUCAAAAUAUGAAUGAAAACUUCCAAGAACAAAUCUAUAGUUUUACUAUUGAAGAUUUAUUAAAUGAUUCAAACAAUCAAGAUAUGAUGCAA